AUGCACAUUGUGCAACAAACAGAACUCGAACUAUUGCGCACGAUGCAAAUCCGGCCGAGUGUCAACCAUUACCGUGCAGUCUUGUUCAAUGCCGACGAGGCGAAACCUCGAUUCAUCUGGCUUCUCUGUAAGUGGCUCGAAAAGGACGACGAUGAAGAUGAGGACGACGGUCUAGAUUACGAAUACGAAGAAGAUGACGAAGAGAAUUACCAGAUGCCCAUGACCAAGGCAAUCAUCGGAGACGAUGUCUCCGCAAGUCAUACGCCUAUCCAACACAAUUCGAGAUUGAACAUACCGCCUUCGGACACUAUCUUCGUCACAUACCGCGAUACAUUCUCGAUUGAUGGCACGUAUACGGACUGGCGCGGUCCCAUCGUCGCUUAUGCGAAGGUGGGAAGAGGCAUGGACCCACCAACUUGCAGGCACUUUGAUCUGGUCGACUUGAGACAUGUCACGGACUACUUCCUCUCACACGGGUACACACCGCCUAAGGCCCAAGACAAUGUGGCUCGUGUGAAGGGCGUGAGGAUCAACUGUCUGGGCGACGUGAAGAUGCUCAAGAAACCACCCUUCGAAGCCAUCGAACUCCCAACCACCGAUCCUAUCUUCACUAAGCACGAUACUUCUGACAUCGCUAACCGCAGACUCUAA